GUUUAUGUCAAUAAUACGUGUUAUCUUUAUCAGAAAACGUCUAAUCUUCGCGAUACUGCUAAAUAUGAAUACUGGUAUGGAAUAUAAAGUGAUUGCAUUCCUUUUAUUUCUGUUUAAUAUAAGUGAUCUAUACAUGACAGAGGCAAGUUUAACGUGGAAUAUGGCUGAAUUGAAAUGUAAAUACCAAAACAAGACUCUACCAAGCAAAGUAGAUAUAAACAGUUAUAAUUUCGAGGCAUUCGAAUUCAGCAGUGUUUGGUCGUCCUUAAGAGGCCCAUUCACUCCUUGGAUAACAAGUAAAGGUUGCUACAGGAAGUCUCAACAGUUCGUAUGGCCUUUUAUACAGCAUUCCAUACCAAUAAAUACAGUUGGAAAUUGUUAUCAACUAUGCCAAUCAAAAGACAUGUAUGAAGGAGGAUGCAAAUCAAGGAAUAUUUUCUAUUUUGGAUUAAUGUCGGAAAUAUGCAUCUGUAUCUGCAACGUGGUACCUUUUUACUUUUUGACUGAUAGCCAAAACUGUAAUAUACCAUGCCUUUCUUCAAUUGAAAACGGAUAUUGUGGCGGAAGCAAUUUUAUAAGUGUUUAUAAAAAAGAUUUUGCACAAAGGAACCUGGAUAUUUCAAAAUUUUAUGGAUUUUGUUUAGUCUGUAUGCAUAAUUCCAGUAAUAUUGUCUAUUCUGGCAAAGACUGUCGAGAGCCUACACAAGGACUCUGUGUUGAUGAAUAUGAAGUGCUUUCUUCAAUGCCUUUUCAAAGAACCAUGGAUGAUUACUGGGCGUACUGCAAGAGUAAAAAUCUUUUUAUAACUGGGAGUACAGAACCAUCUUUUUGCUUCAGAAAAAACUUUAUAUGGACGGGACUACGUAAAUACAGGAUUUCCGAUGGUAGCAGCAACACUGAAGAUGAAUGCUAUAGUCUUGAACAAACAGAUGACUCUGACUGGGUAUACAAGAGAAGAGAUUGCAAUGAAAAUCUUCCCUUUGUUUGCAAACCAUCUUCAUUUUAUAACACUUCGAAAACGACAGCCUCGUUGCUCCCGAAUACUGAAACUGAUUUCCAGAAUACAGAUGUUGGAUCUGCCAGUGGUAAUGUUAAUAUAACUACGCGGUCCCCUAUGCUGAACUUAAGAGACAAAGAACUCAAGUCAGGUACCAUUGGAGCAAUUGUUGGUUCAGGUGUCGCAAUCAUCAUUUUAAGUUUGUCCCUUAUUUUGCUGUUUCUUCGUUUUAAGAAAACAAGCAAAUUGCGGACACCUUCAGUAAAGUUUACAAAUAAAGCAUACAAGGAAAGAGGCAAUUAUAUUGUUGAAACAAACGAUCUGAAGGAAAACUCUAUUUAUAUCAACGAGAUUUCAAAAAAUUGUUCUCAGACAACAGCCGACCAUGACGAUGUUUAUGUUGAAAAUGCUGGAGGCGAGUAUGACAUCUUACACAGUUCUCGUCAGAAAAAGUCCUCUGAUGACAACCCUCAGUAUGACAGCAUGAUAGGAUGGGAUAAUGCCUACUCCUCUACAUCACAGCAGGAUAAUACAAACCAUGGGAAUAGGGAUGAAAGUGAUUACAACACUAUGGAUGGCACUCAGGAUAGGAGUUGCUCAAUUGAAAACUCUGACUAUGACACUUGUAAUCGUUAUGUGACUUCUGAUGGGAAUCUGUAUUAAAAAAU